AUACUUAUCUUAUGUUUGUGGUGUCAUUUUGAUCGUUGUCGAAAAAGUCUGUCGUUGUUAGCUAUCGUCUAACGGUUGUGUGACGUCAGCGUCCUAUCCCGAUGUUGCAGUCCCAGACCUAAACAAGGAUGUAGAUGAAGAUGAAAGUUACUCGGGAUCAGUAUGGAAACCACAAAACUGCAGGCUAACUCUCACAGAGAACAAGAAAAUAACCAGUUAAGGACACGAAAGAGGAAAACCACGCUCUGCCAGAGAUGCUUCUGUUCGUGUCCCUGCUGAUCUUCUGUGUGCCACUUGGGGGCGACACCUCACCAAUCACCUGUUACAAUGACCAAGGAGAUGCUGUUGAUUGGUUUUACAUGUACAAGCUGCCUAAAGAGCACGGCAGAAAAGCUCCCUAUCUGGGUGAAGUGUAUUUACUGCUGGAAAAGGGAAGUGAAGGGUGGACUGCUGGGAAGGGGACAGUGAACGACACCACGGGAGCUCUGGGCAGGACAGUGGGACAGCUGUACUCACAAGGAAAGAACACAGAAGUGGCGUACAUCCUUUACAAUGACCAGAGGCCACCUGAGAACUUUGGUGACAGAUGGGUUAACAACAGUGAAAGCAGAGGGGGGCACACAAAAGGUGUCGUCCUGCUGGAUAAAAAUCAGGGCUUCUGGUUGGUCCACAGCACCCCUAACUUCCCCCCUGUACGACAGGCAGGACAGUAUUACUACCCCGAAAGUGGUGUCAUCAAUGGACAAAACUUUAUCUGCGUUACGUACCCAUUCGACCGCUUCCAGACCAUCGGAGAGCAGCUUCAGAUCAAUCAACCUAAUGUGUAUGACUGCGACGUCCCCGAGUCCUUGGCGUCCCUGGUUCCUGCGCUGGCUGCUGUCUGUCGGAAAAAACAUCUGUCUGGUCACAUCUCUCCACACAUCAAACCUGCUUCCAAUCGCAGCGUUACUCUGACCUCAAAGGAUGGCACCAACUUCAUCAGCUUUGCCAAAGGAGCUUCUUUUAACAAUGACCUGUACCACUCCUGGGUGGCCCCCACACUCCAGUCAGACCUCCUGGUCCAGUUCUGGGUUCGCUCCACGGGCAUCCUCCCCUCUGACUGCUCGCAGGGCUGGAAGGUCCUGGACAUCACACUACUCAACCCGGGGCAGACGUUCAGAUUCCACACCAGCCAGGACCACUCCAAGUGGGCUGUCAGUCCCACGGCGGCUGGGUCAGGGGCCGGAGAGGGAGGAGGAGGCUGGGUGUGUGUGGGAGACAUAAACCGGAACCAGGCGGAGGAGAAGCGAGGCGGUGGCACGGUGUGUCUUCAGGACCCGGUGGUGUGGAAGGCUUACCGGAUGGCGGCACUGGAGUGUGAGGCUUGUGCAGGAGGAACGAUCCAGUGUUGACGCGCUGCUGGAGCCCAGUGGGUUAACUGUACUUAAGGACCGUCAUGUGUUGAUAAGGCUGAUAUAUAUAUAUGGUAUCCUUAUUAGUUGAGCUUUAACGUUAGCUAGCUCAGUGGUGCUAGAUGCACGCUUACUUCUGCGUGGUGAUAUGAUUGGCGGGUGUAGUUCAGUAGCAAGAAAAUAGUUUCUUUAUGAAACUGCUCACAACAAGGUCAGUGGAUUAUCUUGAGU